AUGGUGCUGCAGAGAAAGCGGGAUGUGCUUAUGCUGGUUGCCGGAGUUAUCACCCUGAUUGGGUUGAUUCUUAUUGUUGAUAUCGUCCUCAUAACAAAAGCCAAACGUGAAGAAUGCGAAGCAGUCGUUGCCGGUCAAAGCGGUGGUGCGAAAACCGAUCGCUGCAGUUAUUCAGAGGAAGCGAAGCGAGCGGGUGUCGACAUAUUUCUGCAGAAAGUUCAAGAUACCUACUUUGAUCUUCAUCCACAAGACUUGGUUAACAAACCUGGUGGCGUGGAACCCAUUUCCUUCAAAACAAUUGCGGGAAAACCUUACGAUGCCGAUUACUAUGUCGGCGAUUUUCCCGUGGAACCAAAUCUGUUUUGCUGCCAGCAGAUUUGUGACGUUGGGUCGUCCGAUAUUGCAAACGGCCUGGAAAAUAUCCGCCCUAAAGAUCUGGAUGAUUUGCAGUUGUUUCUAAACAAAAUGAAGUUGUUUGCCGAGACUUUUUCAACUUAUAUCAAUAACUUGCGACUUGGUGUUGAAGCUGGAAUGGUUCGCUCGACUAAAGAAUGCCUGGCUGGUAUCAAUGCAUUCAAACGAAGUUAUUUAAAGGUUUCUCUUCAAGGAGAACAAGGUAUGUGUAGUUUAGUAACCUGGCACUAUCUGUUGAACAUUGAUCGCGUGCAGCUGGUGUCACGUCGUCACGCAACGCCUUUAGUCACAAGUACAGAAGUGUUGUGUGACGAAGGCUGCUAUAAUAGGCCAUUUCCGAGAUUCCCUUUUCCCUCUGUUUCAUAUGAAAACGAAACAUUAUUCUUUAAUACUGUAUUUUCAGGAAUUUAUGACGAGCAAUACAUGAAGCCAAUCUUCUCUGCUAAGUUUUUAGCAGGUUUAAAGUCCAAGGACCUGGACAAAUGGAAAAACGAGAACGGGAAGACUGUGAACGAUUCCAUCCGGGAAUACGCGGUAAAAUACAUUGGUAAACCUGUGCACAAUGUGAUCAGAUACCUUGAAACAGAGAACCUCGAGCAUUGCUUUCCUAGUUCAGUCUCCAGUGGCCUGGCAAAGCUUCCACUUUCUUAUGUGUUCGUGAACGGAAGUAAAACAGCAGAGACAACAAGCAAACAGCUGCCAAAUGGAGAACCGCUGAACGGAAUGAAGGCAUAUGAAUCAAUCCUGCCGUAUUUUACGUCAAGCAGCAAAACCCUUGAGGAGGUGCAUGAGCUUGGCAAAGAGAUGCUGCAGAAACUCUACCCGGAGGCAUAGUCACCAGUCUUUUUUAAUUUCUUGGUUCGCACUCGUUUGCUUUAGUAAAUUUAGUAAAUUGCCCAAAGAAACUACUCGCGCUGAUUGGCUAAAAAUCGUGUUUAUCUAACAA